AAGCGGGUCCCGGUGCGGCCCUCCCCUCUCCGGUUGGCGCAAUGAACCGCACGCUCUCUCCCGGCCCUCCCGUCCCUUCCCAUCAUGCAGCGCUCGCGCCUACUCCUCCGCCGAGCCGCCAUGUUGUCGGAGUGAAAUCCUGGGGUGUCAGAGAGAAGCUGGGGCCGAAAUCCGUCACCAUCCACCCUCUCCGCCGGCUGUGGUGGAAUGAGCAGUGUGUGCUGAAGAGGAAAGCAGUACUCUGGCAGGAUUCCUUCAGCCCCCACCAUAGAACUAGGUCUCCCAGCAGCAUGCCCGUGGUGCUGAGCAGCGGAGGACAUGCCCCUCCCGCCGGGCAGGCUCCUCAGGCCGCACCGCCCAGCCAGCAGGGUGUGGCAGGUGCCGGACGUUCCCAGGAUGACGCCAUGGUAGACUACUUUUUCCAACGGCAGCACGGCGAGCAGCCUGGAAAGCACCGCUGGCCCACUGGGGACAACAUCCAUGACAGUCAGGUGCGCUCCAUGGACGAGUUGAAUCACGACUUCCAGGCACUAGCUUUGGAGGGACGCGCCAUGGGAGAGCAGCUGCUCACCGGCAAGAAGUUCUGGGAGACGGACGACUCCGGGAAGGAUGGCCCAAAGGGGAUCUUCCUGGACCAGUGGAGGGACAGCGCAUGGGGGGCCUCAGACCACUCGGUGUCUCAGCCCAUCAUGGUGUCCCGCCGACCCGGUCAGGGCUUCCACGGCGGCGGUGAAGUGGGCGUGGGCUCCGUUAUGUCGCCGCGAUCCGAGAGCGGAGGGCUGGGCGUCAGCAUGGUGGAGUACGUGCUCUCCUCCUCGCCUGCCGACAAGCUGGACUCCUGCCUGCGGAAAGGACCUUAUGGCCAGCGGGACAGCGAGGUGGUGGAGGACAAGCGGGAGAAGCCAAAGGCGACGUUUGAGGCGGAAAAGUUGAAAGAGCUGGCGGAGGCGGAGGCCGACGUCAUCAACGACGUCAUCAACCCCAACGGUCUCCCCGUGCAGAACGGUCUGGACGUCGACGUCAAAGAGUUCGGCCGCCCGCCGGGCAACAUGCAGCCGCCGGGCCCGGACGGGGACCUGCUGGGCGGCCCGGGGGGCGUCGGCGUGGACGGGCUGACGCCCCUCGGCGGCGCUGGCGGCCCCAAACCGCCCGAGAACUUCCCCGGCGUGGACCAGGGCGGUGUCGCCAUGGACCCGAUGGAGUCGGUGAUGGAGCCGCUUCAGUUCGACUACAACUCUCAGAUGCCGAUGGACUCGGCGCCCACCGUGGGACUCUUUGAUUACAACAGCCAGCAGCAGCUCUUCCAGAGAAGCAACGCCCUGGCCGUGCAGCAGCUCACCGCCGCUCAGCAGCAACAAUACGCCUUGGCGGCGGCACAGCAGCCCCACAUUGGUCUGGCCCCUGCCUUUGUUCCCAAUCCUUACAUCAUCAGCGCUGCCCCGCCAGGUACAGACCCCUACGCGGCGGGACUAGCGGCGGCGGCAACUCUCGGGCCGGCAGUGAUGCCCCCUCAGUACUACGGCGUCACGCCGUGGGGCGUGUACCCUGCCAAUCUAUUCCAGCAACAGGCAGCUGCCGCCAACAACUCGGCCAAUCAGCAGGCGACAGGCCAGGGUCAGCAGAACCAACAGCAGGUGAUGCGUGCGGGAGGCAACCAGCGUCCCAUGACACCCAGCCAGGGGCAGCAAGGGCAGCAGAAUGAGCAGCUAGUUGCCACGGCAGCCGUCAACUCCGCCCUUGCCUUUGGGCAGGGGCUCGCAGCAGGAGUGCCUGGUUACCCUGUCCUGGCCCCCGCAGCCUACUACGACCAGACGGGCGCCCUGGUGGUCAAUACUGGUGCUCGUAGCGGUCCCGUUCGUCUCAUGGCCCCCGCGUCCGUCAUCAUAUCGCCUUCUGCGGCGCAAGCAGUUGCUGCCGCGGCGGCCUCGGCAGGCAACGGCAGCGGCGGCGCCAACGGCCCCUUCCGCACCAUGACAUCCCAGCAGCCCCAGCAGCAGGGGGGCCCCGGCAGCGGCCCUCUGGGCGGGAGUUCCUUUUACGGCUCCUCCUCGCUCAGCUCAUCUUCGCAGAGCUCCUCGCUCUUCUCACAGGGCUCCGGUCAGCCCGGCCCGGGUUCCGCUUCCCUGGGCUUCAGUCAGCAAGCCUCUUCCUCCCUUGGCGCCACUCUGGGGGCCACGUUGGGAGGCUUCGGUACUGCGGUGGCCAACUCGAGCGGCGGCAGCGGUUCCCGGCGCGACUCUCUGACAGGCAACAGCGAGCUAUACAAGCGCACUCCCUCCAGCCUCACGCCCAUCGGCCACAGCGGCUUCUACAACGGCACGCUGGGCUUCAGCCCCUCGCCGGGCCCGGUGGGCAUGCCGCUGCCCAAUCAGGGCCCCUCCCACUCACUCACCCCGCCGCCCUCGCUCUCCAACCACAGCUCCUCAUCCAACCUCAAUUUGGGUAGGCGGGCAACCCCGUGUGCGCCCAUGGGUUGCAGCAGUGGAUUUCACUUCAGCUCGUCGUCGUCGCGGCUACGCUACGGCAUGUCAGACGUGAUGCCGUCGGGACGCAGCCGCCUGCUGGAGGACUUCCGCAACAACCGCUACCCCAACCUGCAGCUGCGCGACAUCGCCGGACACAUCAUGGAGUUCAGCCAGGACCAGCACGGCAGCAGGUUCAUCCAGUUGAAGUUGGAACGAGCCAGUCCGGCUGAGCGCCAGCUCGUCUUCAGUGAAAUCCUGCAGGCCGCAUACCAGCUCAUGGUGGAUGUCUUUGGCAACUAUGUCAUCCAGAAGUUCUUUGAGUUUGGCAGUCUGGACCAGAAGCUAGCGCUCGCCGAGCGUAUCCGCGGCCACGUCCUGUCGUUGGCGCUGCAGAUGUACGGUUGCAGGGUCAUCCAAAAGGCGCUGGAGUUCAUCCCGUCUGAACAGCAAGUCAUUAGCGAGAUGGUGCGCGAGCUGGACGGCCACGUGCUCAAGUGUGUGAAGGACCAGAACGGCAACCACGUGGUGCAGAAGUGCAUCGAGUGUGUGCAGCCGCAUGCGCUGCACUUCAUCAUCGACGCCUUCAAGGGACAGGUGUUCGCCUUGUCCACUCACCCGUACGGCUGCCGAGUCAUCCAGCGCAUCCUGGAGCAUUGCUUGCCCGAACAGACACUGCCCAUCCUGGAGGAGCUCCACCAGCACACCGAGCAGCUCGUGCAGGACCAAUACGGCAACUACGUCAUCCAGCAUGUGUUGGAACAUGGCCGAGCUGAAGAUAAGAGCAAGAUAGUGGCGGAGAUCAGAGGGAAUGUGCUGGGACUCAGCCAGCACAAGUUUGCCAGUAACGUGGUGGAGAAGUGCGUGACGCACGCGUCGCGGGCGGAGCGAGCAUUGCUGAUCGACGAGGUGUGCAGCCUGACGGAGGGCCCUCACAGUGCCUUAUACACCAUGAUGAAAGACCAGUACGCCAACUACGUGGUGCAGAAGAUGAUCGACGUGGCCGAGCCCACCCAGCGCAAGAUCGUCAUGCACAAGAUCCGGCCGCACAUCUCCACGCUGCGGAAGUAUACGUACGGCAAACACAUCCUGGCCAAGCUGGAGAAGUACUACAUGAAGAACGGCGUGGACCUGGGACCCCUUUGCGGCCCCCCCAACGGCAUCAUGUAAACACGACACCCAACCUCCUGAAUAUGGUCGUAAUUCUUGAAGAAGGAACCCCCAGCCCUUACCCUUAUCCUUCAGUUUCCAUGACAACCCUUCCAAUAGCCCCUCCCCCUUCCCUAGCCCGGGCCUGCUGAACUUGGGAUUGGUGUUCCACCUCUCCCGUUAUUUCUUUUGGGUUUUUUUUUCCCCCUAUUUAACUUUUGACUCCCUACCACUAUUCCGAAUGACUAUUUAAUUUGUCAGCCAAUCGUAGACGAGUGCACACAAGGGCCCGCGCGCGCGAGCGAGCUAACCAGCCUACAUGUCAUUUAGCAUGGGAGUUUUCUGGUCUUGCUUCUAUAAAUAUAACAUGUAUACUUGGUGUAGAAUCUUUGCAUAUACAGUACAUAUAAAUAUAUAUAUAUAAAUAUAUAUAUAAAAACUUUGUAGGUUUUUUCUGGUUUUUUGAUGUCAAUUGUAUCUAUAAUGUAUCCUAGUAGUGACCACGCAUACUUCUGACUGUAUACUUGUACAUUUGUAAACCCUUGUAAUGUAAAAGUGCUUUACCGCCCUUUUUUGGUAUGAUGAUGAUGAGGAAAAAAAAAAAAGUUAGGGGGGGAAAAAAAAACUUUACCUGUGCAUUUCAGUGUAUAUUCUCUCUUUUUGGUUUGUGACAUGAGUUGUUGUAUAUUGUAAAUUGUAAUAUCAAAUUUUGCUUCUUUUUUUUUCUCCCCCUGAAAGACCUUUCUAUAUCGAUACAUCGUAGUACUUGUACAAAAAAAAUUCACACCACACUUGGUUUUAUCUGCUUAACUUAAAAAAAAAAAAAUCUCCCCCUGACUUAAGUUGUGCUUUUUUUUUUUUUACUUUUUUAAAAGAUCUUUUUAUGGAAACGCUUCACUUUUGAUGGGAGUGUACACAGCUUGUACAGAGGAUUUUUUUUUUUUUUUGGCUAGUGCUCAAAGUGCUGUAUCAUACUUGUCCAUGUUUUCUCUUUUUUGUGGGGAGGUUUAGUGAGAAGAGAAGAAAGGCAGCCAUUUUUUGGGGUGAAGAUAUAUAUAUAUAUGAAUUUAAAAAAAGCCGCCUUGUGUAUAUUUACUACUACGAGCACACCUUGUAACCAUAUGUGUAUAGUUAACAGAAACCUGUGUAUGCUUUCUUGCCUGGGCAACUAUUUUUUGUAACUCCUGUUGUAGAUUGUCUCAAAACAAUUGUGUGAUCUUUAUUUUGGAACCAAACCGAAUAUAAACAGAAAUCCCCCCCA